UAAAACGUUUUUUAAACUAAAUUUUCCCAUUGUUAGUGUUAAUUUCCACUUUCUAGAGUAUCGCCUAGUGUUUUUCUAUAAAUUAAACAUAUUUUACUGCAAAAAUUCUGACCAAAUUUUCAUUCUAUUAUCGUAUAUGCAUUUCAUUUACGCAACACGUGUUGCCGCACGAGUGAACGAGUCUAAUGAUUUUUAGAUCGUUGAUUAAACUUUUUCGAUUAGUAACUAUUUUCUACUUAGUUUUUUGAGAUUAGCAACUUUUUUUUUUAAAUAUGUAUAUUUUAUAUGUGCAACAAGUUGGAGAGAAAUUUUCAUCAGUGUGAUUGACAUAAUUCGCGAGGUGUGAAAUAUCAAGUGCCAGGAAAGAAGUGAUUGCGUGAAGCUGCAAAAUUGGAGAGAAGACGACAUUUGAACUCAAGUUCAAUUUUUUUGUGUCGUCUCGGGAGUGAUCGAUAGUGACGCGGAGUUUCAAUAAUUGUUCUGCGUGUUGGGAUAGUCAACGGUGACGUGAAAGCUUCCUGAAGGUCUUCCUCUACUUCGUCCUGCUUCCAGAAACGAACUCCGCAAGGAAGGAAUCGUGACAGGAGAGGAAUACAGAGAGAGGAUUGUAAAUAAAUAAGGACUUUCCCUCAACGAUUCUUUCCUUGAAAGAGAAAACGAAUCGAGCCGACUCUUUAAUCAGGAUUCAAUCGACCUGCAUUGCCCAAGACAUUUAUCUCUCUGGAUAAAUGUACAGUUAUCUGUGAUCGAGCCGCAAGGAUGCUGACUCCUGGAGGGCUCCUGUGAUAAAUCAACUUUACUCAAUAAUUGUUAUGGACGUUCUCACCUACAAUCAUCAAGAGCUCGUUCGCGUGAAUUCGAUCGACGAUGAGGCCGAACUCGAGUCGCAAACCGACGAGGAUCAAGAGGACCUCGCCUCCUACGACGAGGGUUCACUCUGCACAAUCAGCGAGAAUUCCCAAACAGGCGAAUCAUCCGCAACACUUCCAUUUCGCAAGAGCCUCUUCCCCAACGUGCCUCCCUACAUUGCCUUUCAAUCCUACGAAUGCAACGGCUCAAAUCUCCCCCACGAAGUGACGAAACACCUCAAAUGGCGACUCAGCGUCAUCACACCCCAACUAGUCCGCAGAACACUCGUCAAUUCCGGCUACCGUCUUCUCAAAAAAUCCCAAGACUGGUGCGGCACCUGGGGCAAACACAUGACCUCAAUAUCAUUCAAAAGCAUCAAAGAAUCCCAAAAGAUAAAUCAUUUCCCGGGCACUUUUCAAAUAGGCCGCAAGGAUCGUUUGUGGCGUAAUUUCAAUCGAAUGAUGAUCAAAUACGGAAAGAAGGAAUUCGAUUUUAUUCCAAGAACCUAUGUGCUACCGCAGGAUCUGAGGAGUUUUCGUCAAAUCUGGGAGAAGCAGGGCAACAAGGAAAAAUGGAUAAUAAAACCACCGGCGUCAGCUCGUGGCACUGGUAUUCGUGUUGUUAAUAAAUGGUCCCAAAUACCGAAGAAGCGACCAAUUAUCGUUCAGCAGUACAUUGCGAAACCGAUGCUUAUAGACGGUGCCAAGUUCGAUCUUCGUCUCUACGUUCUCGUCACUAGUUUCAAUCCACUUCGCAUCUACCUCUAUCCAAACGGUCUCGUUCGCUUCGCCUCCGUCAAAUACAGCGACGACAUCAACUACCUCAGCGAUCGUUUCAUGCACCUCACCAAUUACAGUAUCAAUAAAUCAAGCGCUUCCUACACCAACAACGACAGUCCCGAUUCGUGCUCCGGUCACAAGUGGACCAUCAAGACCCUCUGGACCUAUCUCGAGAAACGACAGGUGAACGUCGAAAAACUCUGGUCAACAAUGAAGGAAAUGGUGAUAAAGACAAUGAUAGCAGGCGAAUCGUCAAUAAACAGUUUCACCAAAUCCAAUGUCAAUUCCCGUUACAAUUGCUACGAGCUAUUCGGAGUCGAUAUCCUCUUGGACGAAAAUCUAAAACCCUGGCUAUUAGAAGUGAAUAUUUCCCCAUCGUUACAAUCGGCCUCGCCAUUAGACGUCGCAGUCAAGGGUCCUCUAAUCCGUAAUGUCUUCAAUAUCGUCGGUUAUCAAUUGCCCGUGUGUUUGGGACAAAGUGAAAUUGAAAAUCUUGCGAAACGUUAUCAAUUCGAUCCGGUAUGUCAGGAUUAUCGUCUACAUCGAAUGCAAUUGAGUUUUCUGGAGAGGCAGAAACAGUAUCAGUAUGUUAAUACUCAGGAGCGUGAUGAUUAUUUAGAUGAGAUUAUUGAUGAUUUAACGCCGGACGAUGUGAGGCAUUUGAUUAGUUAUGAGGAUGAAUUAACGCAAUUGGAUAGAUUUGAGAAAAUUUUUCCAACGCCCACUAGCCAUGAGUAUUUUCAUUAUUUCGAAACGCCGAGAUAUUAUAAUAUGUUGUUUGAUGCUUGGGAGGCGAAAUAUGCGGAUAAUCGAGAGCAGGGAAUUGCACGUUUGGAAAAACUUUGUAAGACUAAAUAUCAUUUAUUGCACAAUGUUUAGAGGCUGAAAUUUUAUUAUCACUGCCAGAUUGUUUUUUUGAUUGUCAUUAUCAUUAAUGAUAAAUCAUUAA